AUGGCAAUGCAUGCGAACACCUCCCCAUCAGCGAUCAUCCAUUCCAAGGCUCAACUGGACCUUGUUCGCUCAACACAAACACAUUCGCGUGAAAUCAACUCAAACGACCAGUUUAAGGUUCUGGAACACACUUGGUUGUUGGCUCAGCCUGUUCCUUACCCCGAUUUGGGCCCCGCCCACUACCCUUCAUCCAGCAGACCCCGCCCACUGUCUUCAACUCAGCAGAACCCGCCCACUGCCCUCCACCCAGCAGACCCCGCCCACUGCCCUCCACCCAGCAGACCCCGCCCACUGCCCUCCACCCAGCAGAACCCGCCCACUGCCCUCCCACCCAGCAGACCCCGCCCACUGCCCUCCACCCAGCAGACCCCGCCCACUGCCCUCCACCCAGCAGAACCCGCCCACUGCCCUCCACCCAGCAGACCCCGCCCACUGCCCUCCAUCCAGCAGACCCCGCCCACUGCCCUCCAUCCAGGCAGACCCCACCCACUGCCCUCCACCCAGGCAGACCCCACCCACUGCCCUCCAUCCAGCAGACCCCGCCCACUGCCCUCCACCCAGGCAGACCCCGCCCACUGCCCUCCAUCCAGCAGACCCCGCCCACUGCCCUCACCCAGGCAGACCCCGCCCACUGCCCUCCAUCUAGCAGACCCCGCCCACUGCCCUCCAUCUAGCAGACCCCGCCCACUGACCUCAAAACCCAGGCAGACCCCACCCACUGCCCUCCACCCAGCAGACCCCGCCCACUGCCCUCCAUCCAGCAGACCCCGCCCACUGCCCUCCACCCAGGCAGACCCGCCCACUGCCCUCCACCCAGGCGGACCCCGCCCACUGCCCUCCACCCAGGCGGACCCCGCCCACUGCCCGCCAUCCAGCAGACCCCGCCCACUGCCCUCCAUCCAGCAGACCCCGCCCACUGCCCUCCACCCAGGCGGACCGCGCCCACUGCCCUCCACCCAGGCAGACCCCGCCCACUGCCCUCCACCCAGGCAGACCCCGCCCACUGCCCUCCACCCAGGCAGACCCCGCCCACUGCCCUCCACCCAGGCGGACCCCGCCCACUGCCCUCCACCCAGGCGGACCCCGCCCACUGCCCUCCAUCCAGCAGACCCCGCCCACUGCCCUCCAUCCAGCAGAACCCGCCCACUGCCCUCCACCCUGCAGACCCCGCCCACUGCCCUCCACCCAGGCAGACCCCGCCCACUGCCCUCCAUCCAGCAGACCCCGCCCACUACCCUCCACCCAGGCAGACCCCGCCCACUGCCCUCCACCCAGGCAGACCCCGCCCACUGCCCUCCACCCAGGCAGACCCCGCCCACUGCCCUCCACCAGGCUGACCCCGCCCACUGCCCUCCACCCAAGCUGACCCCGCCCACUGCCCUCCAUCCAGCAGACCCCGCCCACUGCCCUCCACCCAGGCGGACCCCGCCCACUGCCCUCCACCCAGGCGGACCCCGCCCACUGCCCUCCACCCAGGCUGACCCCGCCCACUGCCCUCCACCCAGGCGGACCCCGCCCACUGCCCUCCAUCCAGCAGACCCCGCCCACUGCCCUCCACCCAGGCGGACCCCGCCCACUGCCCUCCACCCAGGCUGA